UCCCGCACACCUCCGCCUUCCUUCUCCACCCAGCCAGCCAUUGCCAAUCCCUGCCUCCUCACUUCCUCUCACUACUCACUCACACAAGACAUCUCUUCUUUCCACAUCUCCGGCUCCUAUCAAUCAGCUCGAGCACAUUACCAUGGACGCGGUGGAGUCCUCGUCACCACACUCGCCGCCCUCGUUGCGCCACAAGCUGCGGACCACCGUGUGCGGCUGCUUCGGCUCGCCGUCCUCACGGGGCAGCAGCGGGGAAAGGCCGCAAAAUGGCGGCAGGGCCAGAUGGAGGAGGCGCGUGGCGGCCGCGGGGGAGUUCAGGUACGACCCGCUCAGCUACGCGCUCAACUUCGACGACGGAAGCAGCAACGACGGCGCGGAGGCAGAGGAUGCGGCCUUCCGGUACAGGAACUUCAGCUCGCGCCUACCUCCCUCGCUGGUGCCGGCCUCCCGAGCCUGAACUGAAUUCUGAAUCGUAGUAACAGCAAACAUCCUUUUUAACUUUUGUAGCUUCUGGCUCUGAUUUUUCUUCUUCUCUGAGCGAGACUGAAUCACUACAUCUGUAAAAGCAGCUUAUACGGUCGCGGAAACGCAGCGAGGUAGCAGUAGCAUCAUGUAUACAUGCAGGAAACUAAUCAACCAAUUUUCUUGUUCCAUCGGUACCCAAAUGCAAUGCAACCGAGACAUACAUGUAUUGUACAGGGAGAUGAAGAACUGGUUUGGUCAGGAAAAGGUUUCCUUUUGUUUUAUUUUGAUUUUGAUGAUGAACUGUAUGGUGGAAGUGGAAUCAUCUGCCGUCGUCAUCCACCCUGUGGGGCUGCGCGUAUCCAACGUGGGUAAAAGGGUGCUACAAUGGAUUUGCGAGUAGCGAACAAUUCUGAAUGGUUAGUGGGACAUUGGUAUAUCCUAUUCAUCACGGUUCAAGUCCUGAUGCUCGCAUUAUUCUUGAAUUAUAUGAUAUACCAGCUCAGUCUGUAGAAGAUGCUCAUAGGGAUAGGUCUUCGUGUGUGUUUAUAGCGGUGAA